GACUCAUUUGGGUGUUUCUUUUUCUUUGAUUUAAUAAAAAUUAUAAGCGUAUUAAAUUAACUAAAUUUGCUUUGAAAUACAAAAUCUUUAAUCCCACAUAAAGAAUCAUGUCUUCCCGUAAAACAGUAAGCCGCCGUGGUACCACCAAAAAACGUGCACAAAGAGCCACAUCCAAUGUAUUCGCAAUGUUCGAUCAGGCUCAGAUUGCUGAGUUCAAAGAAGCCUUCAAUAUGAUUGACCAAAACCAUGAUGGCUUUGUAGAUAAAGAAGAUUUACAUGAUAUGCUUGCUUCCUUAGGUAAAAACCCAACUGAUGACUAUCUAGAUGGCAUGAUGAAUGAGGCUCCUGGUCCCAUAAACUUCACCAUGUUCCUAACUCUCUUUGGAGAACGUCUCCAAGGCACAGACCCUGAAGAUGUAAUCAAAAAUGCUUUCGGCUGCUUUGAUGAAGACAACAAUGGUGUCCUCAAUGAAGAACGUCUCAGGGAGCUCCUCACAUCCAUGGGUGAUAGAUUCACUGAUGACGAAGUUGAUGAGAUGUACAGGGAGGCUCCUAUUAAGAAUGGCUUGUUUGAUUAUGUUGAAUUUACUCGCAUAUUGAAGCAUGGGGCUAAGGACAAGGAUGAGCAGUAAAAAGCGAUAUAAUUGAUGAUGAAAGGAUUUGUAAUUAAUAUGGAAAGAUGUCUUGUUUGAAUGGUUUAGAUUUUUAUUCCAUUUUUGUGAUUAGAAAUAUAUGAAAUUGAUCAUAUGGGACCAUUAAUUCUUAUUGGAAACUGAAUUUUGUCUUAUUGUAUGAUUAGAAUAUCUCUUGACACAUAGGUUUAUAUCAUCAUUGAAUAAAAUUGCAAAGAUGGAGUUGAAACUACUGACAAUGGUUUGUUUUGAAUGAAUCAACUGUUUGAUUCUGUGUACAUCUGGUUAUCGUACUUAACAGUUCUUGCUUGGUGUUCUAAAGUAUUCCUUGAAUGUUUUAAAUAAAAAACGACAUUUUGUAUAUUAAAAUACAAAUCCACUUGCAUGUUAUCACUAUAGAAUCGAUAUGUUUCCUUCAAAGUAUUUUUAGCAUUGUUAGUCAGCUUAUUUUGGGUUUUUAUUUACAACUUUUUGGCAACAUUUUAUUUAUUUAUAAGAUUUAUUGUAAUUAUAAAUUUUAUACCUUUAUAUAUCAUGUAAUUUUAUUAUUCAUUAAAAUAUUGAACCAUU